AUGUCCUCCUCGACUAUUUCGCAGAAAAAUUUGGCUGAUACUUUAUCUAUUGCCGAGAAACUGGAUGUUGUGCUAGCAUACACGAGUAUCUUAGGAAACACAUUCUUUAGUCUUCUGACCGGUAUAUGGCGUACGAGAAAUGCGAAGAGGGGAAGUUAUAAGAGAUAUGUCCUUCUUACAGCUGUUAGGACCAUGUGUAGGAGAAUGAGUCCUAGGCAAAUUUUAUAUGUCAAUCCAAACACCGAUCAUGCAUAUCAAACCGUCUGCAAGCAGCGGGAUGUAGAGCCCUUGAGCGAGACUUUGGAGGAUGGAACGCAGGCGCACUGGAUAGGCAAAAAAGGAGCGAAGAAAAUAAUUCUUAAUUUCCAUGGGGGUGGGUUUGCACUUCCUGCAAGCCCCGACGCCGUCGAAUAUAUGUUUAGGCUUGUGGAUGGUGCGGAGAAAGAGGGAAAGAGUUUGGCGGUAUUGUUCCUAUCUUAUGCCGGCGACUCCGCAGGCGCAAAUCUCGUCCUCGCUCUGCUGUCUCACAUCAUGCAUGGCCACCCAAAUGAAAGCAUUCCUCGAGUUCACCUCUCGGAACCACUGGAUGGAGCUGUGCUCUUAGCACCUUGGGUUACAUUUGCCACCAGCUCUAAAUCCUACGAGAGGAAUGAAUAUAAAGAUGUAAUUCAUCCCUCCGCUAUCAAAAUUUGGUCAAGUGAUUAUCAGGCUUCUGCUCCAUCAGAUAACUACAUUGAACCACUCUACGCUUCCUCAUCAUGGUGGUCACGCCUUCCCACCGCCGUGUCAUCAAUUCUAAUCGUAGCUGGUGAAGACGAAGUCUUUGUCGACGACGUGAAAGCCUUCGCGGACAACUUGCAAAAAGUAGGAACGGAAACGGGUGGUGUGGAAACUAAGUUGUUCGUGGUGGAGAAUGAGUAUCAUGACCAACCUAAUUUUGGGUUUGGAGAGGAUUGUCUUGAAAAGAAGGGUAGUCAAGGGUGGGAGAUUGGAAAUUGGACUUGGGGAAGAUGCUAG